GAGUCAUCUGCCCUGUCUUCCAUGCUCUCUAUUCUGGGGAGUGAGAAACGAGACUUUUCCCAAAUGAAGAGAACUUCCCUGCUUGUGGUGGGAGUUUACCUGCUGUCCUUUAACAGGGCGGAAGAGGGGCUGAACUUCCCUACCUAUGAUGGGAAGGACCGAGUAGUCAGCCUUUCUGAGAAGAACUUCAAGCAGGUAUUGAAGAGAUACGACUUGCUCUGCCUUUACUACCAUGAGCCAGUGUCUGCAGACAAGGUUGCACAAAAGCAGUUCCAACUGAAGGAGAUUGUUCUGGAGCUCGUGGCCCAGGUCCUGGAACAUAAAAACAUAGGCUUUGUGAUGGUGGAUGCAAGGAAAGAAGCCAGGCUUGCCAAGAGACUGGGCUUCAAUGAAGAAGGCAGCCUGUAUGUUCUAAAGGGUGAUCGCACGGUUGAGUUUGAUGGGGAGUUUGCAGCAGAUGUCUUGGUGGAAUUUCUCUUGGAUCUCAUUGAGGACCCAGUGGAGAUCGUGAAGAACAAGCUGGAAGUCCAGGCCUUCGAGCGCAUCGAGGACCAGAUCAAGCUCCUUGGCUUUUUCAAGAAUGAGGACUCAGAACAUUACAAAGCGUUCCAAGAGGCGGCCGAGCACUUCCAGCCUUACAUUAAGUUCUUCGCCACCUUUGACAAGGGGGUGGCGAAGAAGAUGUCCUUGAAGAUGAAUGAAGUUGGCUUCUACGAGCCAUUUAUGGACGAGCCCACUGUCAUCCCUAACAAGCCUUACACAGAAGAGGAGCUUGUGGAGUUUGUGAAGGGACAUCAGAGACCUACCCUACGUCGCCUGCGCCCAGAGGACAUGUUUGAAACAUGGGAAGAUGACCUGAAUGGAAUCCACAUUGUGGCCUUUGCUGAGAAGAGUGACCCAGAUGGCUAUGAGUUCCUGGAGACCCUGAAACAGGUUGCCCGGGACAACACUGAAAACCCCGACUUGAGCAUCCUGUGGAUCGACCCAGAUGACUUUCCACUGCUUGUUGCUUACUGGGAGAAGACUUUCAAGAUUGACCUGUUCAAGCCACAGAUCGGGGUGGUGAACGUAACAGAUGCUGACAGCGUCUGGAUGGAAAUCCCGGAUGAUGAUGACCUGCCCACAGCAGAGGAGCUGGAAGACUGGAUUGAAGAUGUGCUUUCUGGAAAGAUCAACACUGAAGAUGAUGACAAUGAAGAUGAGGAUGAUGAUGGUGAUAAUGACAAUGAUGACGACGACGACGACGAUGAUAAUUCUGAUGAUGAGGAUAAUGAUGACAGUGAUGAUGAUGAUGAUGACGAUGAUUAGCUCCAACCCCGGGUGAUUCGGAUGAGAACUACAUCAAGACUACCCUCUACCAUACAGACAGCCCAAGGGGUCAGAAAGCAGUGGUACCCACACCAAGUCAACUCUUUCCCUUUCUCCAGCAUCUUUUUCUGGUCCGUUCUCGGCAUGAACGGUACAUUUCGGUGAAUGCCUUUCUAAAAACCCAGCGGUCCUACUCAGCAGGGACAGGAGGGGAGUGAUUCCUGUGCUGGCUUCUUUCAACUAUCAAGGAACAAAUAUCUCUUGCUCUUUGCUAGACCAUCAGGGGUCACAGAAUCCUGGGAGUCUGGGGACAGUAUCUCCUGACACCUCUUCUCAAGUUUACUCACUGUCUUUGAUUCUGAUGGGGGAUGGAACUGACAGCUAGCUAUUGGAUUACAAGUAGGGAGUGGCCUUCUAAUCGCAGCUCAGGAAGGGUCACAUAAUUAUUCAAUUCAGCCCCCAAACCUAGAAGUCCUGUGAAUUCAGACCCAAGCCUUGGCAUGGCUACUAGGAGUCCCUGAUAUGUGUAGGUAUCACUAUCAUUUCUGGAAUAUUAGGAUGCUGUUU